CCGAACGUUUCCAAACAUGGCUCAUCUUAUUCAACGAACAUGUGAAUAUUUGCUACUCAAACCAAAUGUUUUCCAAAAGUUCGACAUACGUUGUGGUCAUCGGCUACGAGGCCGUGCACCGGGGAUCGCUAAAACACUGAGAGAGCGGCUUGAAGAAGAAAGUGCAGUCGAUCCCGACAUCAGUAAACCAGUUAAUAUAGGGUUCCCUGCGCUUAAACCUUCCCGGUCCACUCAGUUAUCCGAGCGACUUGAACAACUGAAAGCCCAACGUAGCAAUCCAGAACUGGAACGUCAAUCAAGGGAAAGAAAGUUAAAUGUAAAUUUGGACCAGGUUCGAGAGGAUUGGUUGAAAACGAGCGGACCAUUUCACAUCAAACGUAUAGCUGAGCACUAUGGAGUGUUUAAGCAUCUUUUUGGCUCGGCUUACUUUGUGCCCAGGGUAGAGCUGAAGAUUGAAUAUACAUUGAAGGACACCAUUCACCCAGUGCGCUAUGGUAAUAUUCUAAAGCCAAGUGAAACACAGAACGCCCCGAGCGUGCAGUUCGACGGACGGUUUAACCUUUCCAGCGAUGGUAAAACUCAAGCUAAAGAGCAGUUCUGGUGUCUGCUUAUGACAAACCCUGAUAUGAAUGUUGAGGGUAGUGAAAAAGAGCACUGCCAUUGGUUUGUAGGGAACAUCCCGAAUGGAGACGUCAGCAAAGGUGAUUUAGUGAUGCCUUAUUUGCAACCAUUCCCACCAAAGGGGACCGGCUACCACCGUCACAUAUUCGUGCUGUACAAACAGGAAUCUAGAAUGGAUUUUUCACAGUAUCAACAGACGGAAACAUACUUCCUGCCUGGGCGCUCCUUCCGAACAUUGGACUUCUAUCGUCAGCAUCAAGACAGCAUAACGCCCGCCGGCUUGGCCCUCUUCCAGUCCGACUGGGACACCAGCUUACCCGCGUUUUACCAGGAAAAGUUACAGAUGCAGCACCCGGUAUACGAAUACGAUUUUCCCGCUCCCUACAUCCGCGACCAAGAAUGGUUCCCUCAGCGCAAGCCCUUCAAUUUGUACAUGGACAAAUAUCGGGACCCGGCACAGAUCCGUAAAGAGUACCUGGUGCGUAAGCUCGCCAAGACGCACCCGUUCGAGGGACCAGAGAAACCGCUGCGAUUCCCGAACGCCCAUUCGGUGGGCAAGGAAGUGCCGUCCUGGUUGCGUACGGAGAUCAAAAAGAGUCGUCUUGGCUGGGGAAGAAUAAACGAUAUAUAAUAUGGUCUCAAGGGCCCAGCAUAGCCAUGCACGUACGCCAAAUGAAAUGCAACCCAUGAGCGCCGGAGUACUCUUCCUGAAACGGGAAAUUUAAUAGAUUGAAUAAAUCGCGUGCUUGCACAGAACGUUAGAACAAAUCCAAAAUGUCUGCCAUUGUUA